CGACGACCAUGGCAACAAACCGCCAUGUUUUUUUAUACGAGACGAAAAGAAAUGGAGCUACUUUACGCCUUUUAAACAUCGUCACUUCUCGAUUCAAUAUGAAAAAGAGGCGAAUUUCAGCCCUACUCACCAUCGGCGCCGUGACUGACUUUUCCUGCGACUUCUAAAGGCUGUUCAAAGCAAUCUGUAGAGACUCGGGCCGUCGUAGAUCUUUUGAGAACAUGGAGAAAGUUGAGAUGUUUGAUGUUGUAAAAGUGACUGAAGAGGUGGAGAACACCUACAACCAAAUGGAGGGGACAACUCCAAAAAAGAGGAAGGGCAAAACCCAAGAAGACAAUGUUGAGAAAUCUAAGAAGCCCAGGUCUGCCUACCUACUUUACUACUUUGAUGUUCACCAGAUUAUGCAACUUGGAAUCCCUAAUAUGCCACAGUCAGAGAUCAACAAGCGUAUCAGUGAGAGCUGGAAAAGGUUGAGCGUAGCUGAGAAAAGCUACUAUCUUGAGAAAGCCAAGUUGGAGAAGGAGGGCAUAGAUACAUCUUCUCUCAGCCCCUCAAAAGACCUCCCAGGCUUCCGCAGAAUCCUGCCCAGAGCCAGCUACUUUCUCUUGUCCAAAGGCUGCUCCUUAAAUCACCAGCCAGGAGGCUCUCAGUCAGAAAUGAGCUCUGAGUCUCUGGACAGUCCAGUUGAAGGAGACUCAAUCUCUCUGAACCAGGAGCCCCAGUUCGCCCCUCUUGGGCUGGCUGGUGAGGUGGACCUCUCUGAACACCCCAUUUCUGUUGAAGACAUUACAGAUGAACCAGCAGUAGUGUCUCAUUCCAUGGCUCUUCAGGGAAUCCCACCCUCCUCUGUUUCAUCCAGAGCUACAACCUCCACAGACACCUAUGCUUCACAGGGCUCUGCUGACUUCACAUCAAAUGGAGUCCCACUGAAAGGAAAGACAAGAGUUGCUGGUAGCGGUUGUGGUGGAGCGAUGGUUCAGCAGACACAGGGGGAAGCUACUCAGGUGGUUGCCAUCAUACCCACUCAGAACUUGCUUGAGCCCAAGUCUUUGGCAGGUGUCAGUUCUGUGGGCCCAGUGAUGAUGGUCUCUGUGGGAGCCAGCUUAGAGCAAAGUGCCAAACCUUCUUACAAAAUGUCUGUAAAAACGUACACCAGGAGAGGUCGAGGGAGGUGCCAGAAUCCCGGCUGUUCAUUUAUUUAUGUCACCCGCCACAAGCCGCCAACCUGCCCUGAGUGUGGCAGCCACUUGGGCGGAAAAUGGAUACCUGCUGCAAAAAGGACACAGGAGAAAGAAGCUGCAUCAAAGCAGCUGCAAAGAACUGCUGAAACCAAGACGAAUGAAAGCUGUCAGGCCACAGCACCUCCUGCUCAGGAAGAGAGGCUUGAUGUUGCUAAAACAAAAACUACGGGGAGCAACAAAGAAUGGCGAGUUCAGCGGGGCACCAGAAAGCAGUGUGCAGCUUCAGCUGAAACACCACCAGAGGGCAGCAGCACCAAGCAAAUGGUUCCAACAAGCAGACAAGUGAAAGACAAUCCUAAAUAUGCCAUAAUCCAAAGUCAGGACAGGAGCACUGCUGCUGUACAGAAGAGGCCUGUGAGACCCAUCCUCCCUGCUUGCUAUAACACAGGCCGGGCUCUGUUUCAGAUCAUAACUGUCCCACCUGACAGUGGAAAAUUUCAAGGUGCAAACAACAAUAAAUCACCCAUAGUGCCUCGAGAGAAUUUCUCAGGUCUGAAACCCAGCACUUUAAAGCAGCUUGGUCAGGCGGUCCCAACAACCACAGCCACACAGGAUUCUUCUGUCCCAGCAGACAGUGGUCAGUCUGUGUCUUCACUGACUGAUAAGAGAAUGAAUAUCUUGUCAGUUGUGCCUUUCAAACAGCACACAGUUUCCAGCUUUGACUUGGGACUUUCCACAGCACGAGGGAGAGGUCGGUGUAAGAACCCAUCUUGUGACUAUAUGUACAAGAACCGACACAAACCUGCCGUGUGUCCGAAAUGUGGAUAUGAACUGACCCAGAAGAAUGCUAAGGCAACAAAGUCUGAGACUUUGCUGGAUCCAUAUCAGGCUCUGAGUCCUGCUCAGAAGGACAUCCAGCGCCAAAACACUCUGCAGCUACUGCGCAGUUCUCUGCAGAUUCCAGAGAGCGACACUGAGCUUCAGGAAACGCUAACCCUCAUCCAGGAGCUCAACAGUCUGCAGAUUGUCUUGGUUCAACCGGGCAAUCAGGAGCAGGAAAACAACGUUGAGACCGAGACGCUUGUUGAGUCUGGGUGGCCUCGGUUUUAUGAAUCAGCAGCUACUCACUGUGGCCUGUGUAACUACCCGCUCUUCAAAGGAAGUCAGAGUACUGUUGCAGGACAGGAGGACUGCUGGCUUCUCACUGAGACACUGAUGCAGACAGCCUCCCUCCAGCUCAAAGUGUGUCUCAAUGUUCAGUGUCUGGCCCUGCACAGCUUCACUGACCUGCAUCCAGGUUUGUUCAACAUUGGGAACAGACUGCUGGUGAGUAUUGACCUGUUCCUGAAGAUCAGGGCCAGCAUCAAACAAGGCCACGCCCCCUCUCAGGCAGCCAGGAUUAUACUCGACCACGUCCCCAAUCAUCCUGUUCAUGCUCUUAGUCCAGACGAAUCCUCUCAAAUGCAAGAGCUCCUCCUGAGUGGCUACUGGGCCUUUGAGUGCCUCACAGUACGAGAUUACAACGAUAUGAUCUGCGGCAUUUGUGGUUUUGCUCCUAAGCUAGAGAUUGCAGAGCGACACGUGAACAACGUGCUGGAGCUCAAGAAUGUGGAGUUCACCUGGCCUGAGGUUUCAGUCUCAGAUGAGGUACAUGUGGAUGACUUCUGGCUGACCAUGGAGAGUGAGGCUAUUGAGCAAGCAGCUUUCCCCACAGACAUCCCCAUCACACGGGUGGAUGCUUCCAUCAUCGCUCCCUUCACCCCUCCGCUGAUGAGAAGUGCCACUGUUAUCAACACAGAGAAGGACAAGCUCCUGCCACAUGUACAGCUGCCUUCAGGAGAUCCUGCAGUUUUGGUGCGUCUCAUUCAUGACGGGCAGCUGAGACUCGACAGGAUUGAAAACCACAGUGAGGACGAGUUGAGAACAGUACUGGAUCGCUGCGGGGCGAAUAUCCCACCAGGCUCCACCAAGACGGAGAUGUUGGCCUCUCUGAUCUCCUUGUACACACUUGUUCAUAGUGGCCUCUCCACAGCCCCACAACCCCCUGCACAAGUCACUGCUGGCAAACUGUCCAAAGUCUGCCCUCACAAGGUGGUUUGUGCCUCUAAGUACUUGGUAAGAGGAGAGACGGCUCGAGACCACGUUGACCUGCUGCUGUCGUCGCGUUACUGGCCUCCGGUCUAUGUUUGCGACUGUGCCCAUCAGGUUGCGCUUUGUGCUGACAUGCAGUAUCCGGAACUAGCAAACCAGAUGUGGGGCAGGAACCAGGGCUGCUUCUCUGACCCCUUUGAAAAGCCAAAGUUUGUGUCCUGUGCUGAACUGCAAGACCAGCCGUACAGUGCCGACCUGUCCCUGGUAGCAGAGAACCAGAACAUCCACCCCAUCACCAAAUCUUCUUCUUGCUGGCUGGUUCAUCCUCCAGGAGCAGCCAAGGAGCCCCCUGCUCCGGAGCACCACUCCAUGUUCCUCUGCAGUGACCUGGAGCCCUACAUCAGCCUGGUGGCUGAUCUGGAGACGGAGAAGGAAGAAGAGGAAUGCAAAGAGGCAGAGCAGAAAGAACGGGGAGAUGCAUCCGAGAAAGCCUCCAUAGAAAAAUCAGAGGACUGUUCGUCAGUUAGCUGUGCAAGGAAACAACCUGUGGUCUUCAGCAACACAGCUUAUUACUACCUGUACAACCGUCUGGUAGAUUUCCUCACUAGCAGAGACAUUGUGAGCCAGCAGAUCAACCAGGUUGUGAAGGCCUGCCAACCUGGAGAGGUAGUGAUCAGGGAUGCUCUGUACCGGCUGGGAGUGGCACAGAUCAACACAGAGAAAGAGGACGAUGAAGGAAGUGGCAUGGAGGGGCAGACACAGGAAGACGGGGCUGAGACAUUUCAGGUUGUCAUUGCGUAAUAAGAAUGUUCAGGUGGAUGAAUCAACCAGCAGGCAGAGAGAAUGGACAGCACAUAAAAUGGCUGCAUGCAAAGAGAAGAGCAAAGAAAACAGAAGUGCCAAAACAAGAGAUGCAAGUGGAACAUUUUGGAAGUGAUACGGUGUUGGUGUUAAGCGUACAAGCGCUACAUUGAGGGUAAUUCUGUGCUGGAGAGUAUUUCAUGGUUAAAACUGAUGGCUAGUCUGUGCAGCAGCACAUUUAGUCAGCUAUACAUCGCUAACAGGUUUUACAGAUGCCAGGAAUAGGCUGAAUUUGGAUAAAGUGUGUUUGUAGUAGUAUAGAACUGUAGUAGGUAUGGAAAAGAAGAACAGAGUGAUCCGUUACAUUUACUGUGAAGGUACUAAAUUAGGAUUUUCAUUUCAGGAAGCAAGUUACAGUAUGAGGCCAUUUUUUACCCAUCUCUAACUCAUAUGGAAGGUGAGAAUAGAGCAAGUCACGAUGAUGGAGACUGAAUGUCAGAGUUCUCAUUCUGAAAUGACUAAAAGAAUGUAUUCUAUGUAUUUUUUAACCAUUAUGAUACCAGUAGAUUAAAAAAAGUCAAAAGUGUACACAAGUCAGCCACUACAUUAAAAAAAAAACAGAUUAAGUAAAUGAAACUGAUUAUUUUCUUGUGAUGCAAUGUUCUGCUGGGAAAUUGUGGGUCCUGGGAUUCUUGUGGAUGUUACAAUACUGUUUCACACCAACAAAACACACCAGCCUCCAUGACAGCAGUGAUCUCCCCCAGCAGAACAAUGCACCUACCACAUUUCAAAAACUGCCCAGGAACAUAGCCAAGGUGUUGACCUCGGCUCUUCAUUCCCCAGAUUGCGACUGAUACAGAUCCACAGAGGCCCUACCCUGCAACCCAAAAGAUCCAGUGGAUAGUAGGUGUAGGUAAAAUUGCUAUAAGCUUGACACCUCAUUUACUUUAAUGUGAGUGAAUGAAUGUAAGCAGGGUUUUAUUAACUCAGCUACUUCAGACCUAAAUGUAAAUAUUUAACCGUGAGUGGUAUGGCAUAUUUAUUACACUUCUGUGUUCAGACAUUUCUGCUUUGUUUUAAAAUUCUUACCUCUGAACUACCACUUGCUGCCUUUGUAGAAUGCUUUUAGAAUGUGGUGAUGGACCUUUUUGCUGUUGGUCUUUCUUUGAUUUGCGAUGCAUUAUUAUCACAUUCAAGCAUAGUGAACCAGUCAGCGUUUGAGAAGCAUCUGAAGUACUUUAGUAAAUCUACCUGCAUGAAAUACUUCAGAGAGAUUUCUCUCUUGUUUUUGCUGAUGUUGUUAGCAAAGAUCUUAAGUUCUGUGUGACAACUGAAAUGUGUGGUUGACUAACAAAGGCUUUAUGAAGGUUGGAGACUGUUGUAGCACUUGUAAUGGAAUGGUGGGCUAAGGGCUAGGCUAUGUAAAGGCUCUGCUCUGGGAGCUGCAUGAAAAUUAAUGAACACAAGACUCAGAAUUAGAUUACCGGUAAUGUAUUAAAAAAUAAUCAAUAAAAAAUACUUGAAUACGUCAAGUCAAAACAAUGACCAAAAUAUUAGAACAAAAUAACAGAAAAUCGGAGUGAGAAUAAAUCAAACAUUCACCUGUAAUUCAGUAGCUUCACUUUUAACAAUCCAAAGCGACAGUGCUAUGUUCAGUUUGACAGUUCAAUGACAAUAAAUUCAGGUGAGCGUGGUUCCACUGUUGCCAGUGGUGUUAAUCAAAAUAAUUCAUUCAUAAGACACGUCCAAAAACCAGACAAAACAAAUCCAAACAGGGUGAAUCAAUCUAUCUAAACAAGUAAGCAAGUCCUACCACACCAGUGGGGAAGGGAUGAAGCUGUGAGGCUUGAGGCCUGCCAACGGUGGGGUGGGUGAAGGGGUGAAUCUAGCCAACUGUUUCCAGUUCGUUCCACAGUAGCUCACCAUCAAAUCAAGUCCUCCAUAGAAGCCUAACCUGUUCAGCAGACAGGCUUCAUUAUCGUCAAUCAUCAUCAUAUUUUCCAUUAGUUGUUGCUCACCAACGUUCAGCACAGUAUGGGUUCAGGUGGGUGGCAUCCAGAAAUCCAAAAGCAUGGUUCCAGUAGUGAAGACCUGGUAGUAUUGGCAUGAGCAUUAGCAUGAUACUAAACAGCUUUUAACAUGCUUAACAAGAGUUUUAACUCACUUCUUCCUUGAUGGUGUGAUUUCAAGGUUUCCAGAGAUGAGUGGUGUGGGGUGAUCCUGUUGUUCAAGUUACUGCUGUGUGUGACUGAAUGAAGCUGAUGUGCUUCAAACAAAGGAAUGGGGGGGAUUCCAGGUGGGAGAGAGACUGCUGGUGAUUGGUUCAGGUGUUGUGACUGAUAGUGAGGAGGUCCAGUAAUAUGGAAGUGACUGACUGUGACUGAUUGUGACUGGCAGGUGUCUUGUUCAUGUUGGAAUGUUGAUGGCCAACGAUGAACUAUUACAGAGUGACGACAGACUAUUGCAGAGUGAGUGCUACACUGCACUUAUCAGCUCUGUUGAUCAAGAGACACCAUAACAGCGAUGUACAUUGUGUUGAAAUAGUAAUAGAUGGACCAAGUGUGCCCUGUAAUUUAAACUGCUAUUGUAACAAAUAAAUAUAAAGAAAUGGAAAACUUUA